AUGUGUUUCAUUUUUUUAAAAAAGGAUCCUAAGAAUCCGCCACCGAUAGCUCCAAAUUUUACUGGUUCACCAGGUAUGCCACCGGCUGCGUUUUCUCCAACCGUUCCACCACCGAUGAUGAGCACGAAUUUUAUGACACCACCACCAGGUAGUUUUAAUAUGCUUCCACCCGGUUUCGGAAUGCCACCCUUUAUGGGAGGACCUCCCCCACAGGCUCAAGAUUUAGCAAAAAGUGCGAUAAUAUCUGCAGGGCCUCAACUUUUAAAUGAAAAGUCUAAUGACUUAACGAGUAAAACAGAAUCAGAUUCUAGUAAAUCAAAAGCUAGUGUUUGGACGGAACAUAAAAGUCCAGAUGGUAGAACUUAUUAUUACAAUACGAUAACAAAAUUAAGUUUUUGGGAAAAACCAGAUGAAUUGAAAACUCCAACCGAACUUUUGCUUUCAAGGUGUCCUUGGAAGGAAUAUAAAAGUGAUACUGGUAGAACAUAUUAUCACAAUGUAAAUACUAAAGAAUCAAGAUGGACAAUACCUGAAGAAUUACAAGAGUUGAAAGAGAAAAUUGCCAAGGAAGAAGUUGUACCAAAAACAGCACCUGUUGUAGUGGCGUCACCAGUCACUAUUCAUAACGAAGAUUCUAAUAGUUCACUAUCAAUGCCUUUACCCAGUGCAAUUCCAGCACCGAUGCCAAUGCCAAUAUUAGCUCCGGCUUUACCCGGAGGUCCGAUGCCUCCUAUGGGCCAAAUUCCUAUACCAAAUAUGGGUCCUAUAGGUUACAUGCCACCGAUGAUGCCAGUACCUGGAAUGAACAUGAUGCCAGUUCCACCCACUAAUCCGUUACCUAGUCAAAAUAAUAAUGACAGUAAAAGUUCAGCAUUAGAUCAAGCAAUGGCUGCUACAUUAGCAGCAAUUAGCAUACCUACAACACCAAAACUAGAAGAAGAUAGUAAUCAGUCGACAACACCGAAAGAAAGCACAACAAGUAGAAAUUCAACGCCAGAGCCUAAAUUAGUUUUUAAAGAUAAAAAAGAAGCAAUUGAAGCAUUUAAAGAUUUAUUAAGAGAAAGAGAUGUUCCCUCGACGGCAUCGUGGGAAACAUGUGUAAAAAUGAUAUCGAGUGAUCCGAGGUAUCCACUUUUAAAAAAAUUAAAUGAAAAAAAACAAGCUUUCAAUGCUUACAAGACGCAGAAACAAAAAGACGAAAGAGAGGCGAGUAGGUUGAAAGCUAAAAAAGCCAAAGCGGAUUUAGAAGAGUUUUUAAUGAAUAACGAAAGAAUGUCUUCCAAUCUCAAAUAUUAUAAAUGCGAAGAAAUUUUUGGAAAUUUAGAGGUUUGGGAUGCCGUUCCGGAAGCCGAUCGACGGGACAUUCACGAAGACGUCGUUUUCAAUUUGGCGAAAAAAGAAAAAGAAGUUGCCAAGAUAAUGAAAAAACAAAAUAUGAAAAGUUUAGCUGCCAUUUUGGAUGCCAUAACGGAUAUUGAUUACAGAACGACGUGGCAAGACGCACAGCAAAUGUUGCUCGAUAACACGACUUUUGCUCAAGAUUCUAAUCUUCUCGCCAUGGAUAAAGAAGACGCCUUAAUUGUUUUCGAAGAACACAUAAGAGAAUUAGAACGGGAAGAAGCAGAAGAUAAAGAAAGGGAAAAGAGAAGGAUAAAACGUUUGCAUAGGAAAAACAGGGAUAAUUUUAUAGCUCUACUCGACGAACUUCACGAGCAGGGUAAAUUAACUUCGAUGUCUCUAUGGGUCGAACUUUAUCCCAUAAUAUCGGCCGACAUAAGGUUUUCCGCCAUGUUGGGUCAGGGGGGUUCGACACCGUUGGAUCUUUUUAAAUUUUACGUUGAAGAUUUGAAGAGUAGGUUUCACGACGAGAAAAAAAUCAUAAAAGAAAUACUUAAAGAGAAAAAUUUCGAAGUUUACGUGUCUACGACGUUUGAAGAAUUUGCCACCAUCGUUUGCGAGGAUAGGAGAUCGGAAACGUUAGAUGCAGGAAAUGUUAAACUUACGUACAAUGCGUUUCUCGAAAAGGCUGAGGCCAGAGAAAAAGAAAGGAUAAAAGAAGAAGUGAGGAAAUUGAGAAAAUUGGAAAAUGCAUUUAAAACACUUCUAAGGCAAAACGAAAUCGAUUACAGAGUCGAAUGGUUGGAAAUAAGGGGACAAAUAGAAAACGACGAAGCAUUUAAAGCGAUCACGUUAGAAAGUGAAAGAAUUAGAAUUUUUAAAGACUUUCAGCAUGAAACGGAAGAAUCAUGCGGUCAUCGUCAUUCGAGGGGUAAAAAAUCAAAAAAGAAAAGAGCGAGACACAGGUCGAGAUCGGAAAGCGGGUCGGAAUUUUCAGACGACAGGAGGAGUCAUUCGAAAAAACGGAAAAAGAGACGAUCGUCGAACGAGUCGGAAACUUCCAACGAGGAAAAAUAUUCCAAAAGGAAAAAUAAAAAGGAAAAGAAGAGAAAACACGGUUCGGCAUCGGAAUCGGAUUCGCCGGGGAUGGAAAGGGGAGAAAGGAAAUCGAUUGACGAACAACCGUCGAAAGACAAAGACGAUGGAGAAUUAAGCGAAGGAGAAUUGGAAAGGAGACGAUAUUUGUUACUGCAACAAUUACAAGAACAAGAAGAAUGA